AUGGCCGAGGUAGAUUUAUCAGAGAGCAAUGGUGGUGCUCUCGUAGCCACUGCCAUCGCUUUCCUUGUUCUCUCUUGGUUUUCCGUCGUCCUCAGAUGUUAUGUUCGAGCUUUCAUGACCAAAGGCUUCCAAGCCGAUGACUGGCUCAUGCUGGUCGCCCAGAUCAUAUUCACCAUCUCUUGCUCCUUUAUCCUCCUCGGCGUUAAUAAUGGCCUCGGCCACCACAACCAAGCCCUUGAUCAAUGGAGGGAGGUCUCGGCUUUGAUGUACCAAGCCUUGGCUACCGCCACAUAUGUGCUCGAUAUGUUGUUCAUCAAGCUGAGCAUUGGUUUCUUCCUGCUGCGACUCUCCAACUCAAAGCUAUACAACUGGAUCAUCUAUGUUAGUCUGGCGGUCAUCACUGUAUGGAGUGUGGUCAUAUUCUUCUGGGAUAUAUUCCAGUGCUCGCCAGUCGAAGCCCAAUGGGAUUAUGACAUUCCCAACUCAAAGUGCGUAACGCCAGACGCUGUCGUGGCCGCGUCCUACGCCAUCAGUGUCAUGACGAUUUUGAGCGAUUGGCUCUACGCUCUGCUCCCUAUCCCUAUGAUAUGGAGCGUUAAGAUGACCAAGCAAGCCAAGGCGACUGUCAUCGUCAUUCUUGGUUUGGGAAUUUUUGCCAGCAUUGCAACCCUCAUUAGACUCAAGUUCUUGGCCGACCUGAGCGAUCUAACCGAUAUCUUAUUUAUGGGGACCGACGCCAUGGUAUGGACCUUAGUCGAGCCUGGAGUUGCCAUCGUGGCCUCUAGUCUAGUGACCAUCCGACCGCUCCUCCGAGCUUGGCGACUCAGCGGAUUCACUUCGACCGACCGAACGCCGGGUAUGAGCGGACAUAUCAGCGGUGGAAUGAGAUCAGGGACGGCGCGGUCGGCGCCCCGUUCAGCGCCCCGCGACCACGGCACCGAUAGUAUCGACGGCAUCGACACGGAUCUGGAGCUCGGCGGGAUAGGAAAACACCAGCCCAUGCCGCGGCCGAAUUCUCGGCUCGGAUACCCGGGGCCAUUUGCGCAAGGCGGCUCGAAGACGGCAAGGAGGCAACUUGACUCGGACUUCAUGGCACCACCGAACCGGAGACAGGAUAGCAAUACGAAAAGCGAGAUGUACGUAAUCGAAGGAGAUAAAGCAAGCGACACCUGGACGGGGGAUAGGCUGGGCUCCCCGAGCGUGUCCUCGGUUGACCUCGACGGUCUCGACGCGCAGAGUCAGCAUAGUGGACGAGUCGGGCUUGGGGGAGGGAGAAGAGAUAGAUAA